UUGUUGGAUGCGAGGGUGUUGGCAGGAGAAGUUCCGUGGGCUGCAAGCUGAUCAAGCGCCUGGCUUGCUGGGGGCACACUCGAGCCGUGGUAGAAUUCAGGGUUCGGCCACCGCCCAUCAGCUAACCAAAACAGACCUCGCCAGAUAGCUCUCAUGGACCACGGGAGCCAUCCUAACCAUACGAAAGCAACCAGGACGAAGCGUAGCCAUGUAAGUAGUGACCGACCGCCAUGAAGAAUGAGCUCCUUCAGGAAAACCGGAGCCGGCAGCUCCUUGGGCAUAUUCGGGUCAUAAAGCUUUGUAAAUCUGAAAGGCGUCUUGCACAGCUCACAAUAUUUCUUUUGUGAAUGGGAAAGCCAUUGCAUCAAACACUCUUGGUGAACAAAUUUGAUGCUCCCGCUACAUUUGCACGGAUAAAAGAGCUGCUCCUCCUCGGUACCUUCGCCGCGGCAUAUUCGACAAGUGUCAGAUUCGUCUACACUUCGUCUGUUGGUCGCAGUGUUUGUGGCAAAGGCAGGGUCGUUCAUGAUAUCCGGGAGAGGACCAGCCCUCCGGUCCCGGCCAGCCACAAUCCGGUUGAUAUCCAUCUUCCUUGACGUCGAGAAAAAGAAAUUACAGGGAGAUUAGAAGGAUGACCAUGCUAUGGUGAAUGCUGGGAGCAUGCCCGCAUCCCGGAGGUAGGUAUCGAUUUGUUGUUUGUCUCCUUCGCGGAGGAUGACUGAUUAAGAUAGAUAUCUACAAAACUGCGGGAAUAGUCAGUCAGCACAGUACAAGAGAUUUCUCCGCAGUACUAAGGGUUUACAAACCACAAGUCUUCUAAGUUCUCAAGGUAGUAUCAAACGGUAUGCGGCGUGGGUGAGUGUCCAGGCAAGUAAUAUACUCGGGAGAGUAGACAUGGAGCAGGAAGAAGCCAAACCCCGGUCUUUCUCUCGCCGCCGUUCUAAAAGUUUCCAAGUCGCCAGGAUGAUGCUUACUCAGCCAAUUCUCCGCGGAACAACCAUUUUCCGCAGGGUUAUUACGUUAAGUUAGUUACGUCACAACCAGGGCAUCAACGCGCCAGACCGACCCGCCAAGAUAUUGCCUCCGACAGACUGACUGGCAUGUGAUUGGCCACCCCGUGACUUCCAACUUCCACCAGCUCGAAACAGGAUAAUAACAAUUUGAUGGUGAAACCUCGUCUGCUACAAGGGAGCGAAGAGAACGACAUAUAAAACCUGGCCUACCUGCCCUGCCGUCUCUCGCUGAAUGCAAGUAUCAAACAUCCUUAUUAUCACCUAAUAAUAUCUAAUAACUGCACUCCCUGAGAAAGCUCCAUGCCAAGAUCCACCUCUUCACCUCCGUCAGACCUCGAACCAUAAAUUCCUUUUGCUUGUCUUGACGUGCGCUGGUUCUUCCUCGCACUUUUAUUGCGAGCCUGGUUGCCCGUGAAUUUUUCCCUUUAUGAGAUAUAUGAGCACUAGUCGCAUUGCUUUACGUGUGGUGAUAGAGCGCUGCGAGACGACGAACCAGCGAUAAUAUAAAAAAAAUAAAAAAAGCAAGGAAAGAAAGAAAGCUAGAGCGGCGCGUCAACUGACGCCACAAGAAUGGCGAUGGCAGCGGACGGAACAGUGGUGGGGAAUAUGAAAAAUGGUCAGAUUAAUGGUUUGUCCAUUCAAAAGCAAGCAGAAGGAAAAGAAGAACAUCGGAGACGACCUACGAGCUUCGCACGGUGGUCGCUUGCAGUUGCCCUACGGCUAGUCAUAUGGUACGCUUUACUUACGCCAUUCUUCUACUGCCCAUCGACGCUACCAGAACUUGAUAACACUUCUCCAACGGUUUGCAAGCCGUACCUGAUUGCGCGGUCACAUCUCGAGCCUCAUGUAACUCGGUAUUAUGAAGCUUACGGAGCUACAUAUGUCGACACCAUUCGCCCAUAUGCACGCAAUUUCAACGAGAAGAUAUACACUCCUACUACUGAUUUCACAAAACGAAAUUACCGCGCAUAUGGAGCGCCCCAUAUUGAGAAGGCAGCAUCAUAUUUUCAGAACAAGUGGGGAGAAAUCGUUACGCCUCAUAUCCAUUCAUUACAAAGCUCCUUGAGCCGUACAUACCAAUCGUCAAUUGAGCCGCAUUAUGCACGCGUUGCUUCAGUAGUAACCUUCUAUUAUAGCACAACAGUUUCCCAGGUUGAUUAUCUGCGCCAAACGUAUAUUGUACCAGUUUACGGACGAACGAAGCCAGUUAUUGUCAGCAUGUAUUCCUACACAUACGAUAGUGUGGUGAACAAGAUCUACCCGUACAGUAAGAAGACGUGGUCAUAUCUGGCGACAUUCAUAAACGAGGCGCUUCUGCCUGGAGUUUCGAGACUCUACCGCGAAAACGUUGAGCCUCAGCUGCUUAGGAUUGGUGAGAAGCUCGCAAGUUAUCGCGAGGGCAGGAAGCUUGGUGCUGUUGGUGAAGAAGCUGAAAUUUUAUCCGAACCAUUUAGCUCAACCCCCACCGUUUCAACGUUAGCAACUACAGUAUCACCGAAGACGUCUGAUUACAGUCCGUCGACCACUGCGACUUCGACUUCGGUAUCUGUGCCAGACCCUGAGCAAUCAGUGGAUAAGGCGAGCCUUGCGCGCGAAACAAUAGCCUCGGAUUUGAAAACAUGGCAAGAAAAGUUCGCUACUGCGGCUGAUAAAGGAGCCGAAGACCUCAGUGAACGGGUCGCUAAGAUUGUAGAGAGCUACGUAAAUGACACGCAGGGAUCAGGCGAAGCGCUCGUAUCCGAGUUGGAAUCGGUGGGACAUCGAGAGCUCGAAUCUCUUAGAACCAAAAUCAUCGAUAUAGUGCGUAAUUUACCUGACGAAUCCACCUUCGAAGAUCGCGAAGCCGCCGAGGAUCAAUUGGCACAAGCUGUUAGGACAUCGGCUUAUGCUAUCCGGGAAGCUGCACAGAAGCUUCGAGAGUGGUUCGCGGACUUUAAUGGUGACCUUCAUGUGAGGGUAACCUCCGCCUCUGACGCUACCAUCGAGGUCCUUGACCAGAUCCGUGACCUGAGCCUUCAGAAUAUUGGGAUGAAAUGGGCGUGGAUGGAUGGCGUGACAUACAAGGAUUGGGCGAAAUAUAAUGCGCUGAAGAAACAACUUCACAGCUGGCGCGAGGAAGUUAGGGAAGUUGGUAUGCAACAUGGUGCUUAUGAAGAAGCAAAGGCCCUCGGAAUUGAUAUUAUUAACAAAGGAAUGAGGAUUGCGGAAAAAACGGCGAAGGAGCUUACUAGGUUAAAGGAGGUUGGGAAGUGGAAAAUCGAAGCGGAGGAUAUCAGCGAUGAUUUUGAGACGAAGACGAGCGAUGCGGCUGAAGCUCGUGCCAGCAAGAUAGCAGCAAUGGGUCUGGGUGAACCAGAACCAGAACCAGAUGCUGAAUAUCAAUCGACAUCACCACCCGAGGAUAAGUCCAACGAGGCGAACCCGCUUGAUGAAGAUCCUUCAUUCGACACGGAUCCCGCUAUUAGCCACGACGAUAUGCCCGAAGCCAGUGAUGUGGGAACCCCCGGAAACAGCGCUUCUGGGGACGAACAAGACGUUCCACUAUCUGUUGUAUUUACAAGCAGUAUACCAACACCCGAACCUGAGUCUGAGCCUGAGCCUGAGCCCGAGCCCGAACCAGAACCCGUUUUGGAUGAUGAGGCUACUACCACUGGGCCUAAGGUUUGGGGUGGGGCUGCCGCUGAAUUCAUAGAACAUGAAAAUCAUGUCCCUGCUAAUACUCCUGAGCAGACUUUUGAUGCUACGCCGUCUUCAUCCCAGCAGCCCUCUGUAUCAUCGAACGUGGCUCCGUCGGAGACAGUCCUCUCAGAGCAAUACUCCAUUCCCAUGCCGCCCCCCGAAGCCAGUUCCAUUUUUUCAGACUCUCUUUCUCAGGCUAAGAAACUGUAUGACAUUUCACAUUCGGCCGCCAGAGCUCAGGAUUCUGGAAUUCCUGAUGAAAGAAUUGUCGCCUCCAUCGAAUCCGCUUACUCCGGGUCUCUCCAACACGCGAGUGAAAAACUUGAAUCUCGUCUCAAAGCAGCUUCAGAAUACGCAGGAAUUCCCCUCAGCCCUUCUCCCACUGCAACAGUAAACGAUGACACGCUCCUAAGUGCUUCCGCAAAGCUCCAAGAGAAUCUCGAACAUGCCUCUCGGAGCCUCGCAAGCGCAGUCGCAAGCACCACUGACGAAGCAGCCUUUCCCGGCCAGCAGAUAAUCCUCGAUGCGCGUCGCCGUUAUUACGAAGCCAUUGGCCUCGCUCAUGACGAGUAUUCUAUCUUCAUCAACUCUGCGUCUAGUCAUGUACAACCUACUGAAGAAACGAGUAUCAGUAGUCCAACCAGCGACAAGCCCAGCAAGCCAAUUCUCGAGGAGGCCAGUUCCGAAUUUAGCGUCGUCUCGUCUCUGGCAUCUGCUAGCCUAGAUGCAGUUCUGUAUUCCGUUAGCUCGGUGGGGACCGCCAUCGCUCCCGCCUCCGCGACUAGGAUUAUUGAGGAUGCCUCCUCGAGGUUCCACGAUGCACUCUCCGCUGCUGCGGCGUCUCUUGAGUUGGUGUCAUCUUCUUCGAGUACUGUUGCUAGCUCUCCAAAAAAUACUGCUGCUCACGAAACAGGCAGGGACGAGCUGUAGAAUGGCCUAUUACUAAAAAUGGCAAUCGACAUGUUACUAAAAAAACAAACAGGAGGGGAAAGAAAGAAAGGAAGAAAGAAAGAAGAGAAAAGAAGAGAAGAAUGCGCUACCACCAUUCCAACGGAAGUGGUACGUUUCUUCCUAGCAUUUAUUUCUUUAUUUUUAGUUUUUUUUGAACAAAGAAGAAGCGGCACGACCAAAACGGACAUCCAUGUUUUUAUACCCCAUACCAUACCCAUACAUCACUUCCCCUAGUACACAUAAUAAUAUAUCUCACAGACCCACUUACUUUCGCUGGUUUGAUAUAAGCCACAGCUCGUACCUAUAUGUUGUUGCAUUUAUGUCCCGUGCACUUUGAUCUGCCAUAUAUAUAUUCGUUACCAGUCGACCCUUUAGCUACAUGACAUGACUUUCUUUCCUUUCUUUCCCUUCUUUUCCUGUGGUUUGGACAAAGUUUCAUUAAGUAUUAUUUUCUCAUGUUCUCUAUUUCCCAGCGCCUGGCAGCGUCUAUUUUGUAAAAUGGCACAACUCAUCCUUUUUCUCGGCAUACAAACACCAAGCAAUAUAUACAUGUACAUAACUAAAAUAUACAAGAUCACAUCGACCGCCCUUUUGGUUUUUGCAAAAAUGUAAACGCAAAGGCAAGAAAAAAUAUCCAAACUGCUCGAUCAGUAGCCGUAUUAGCUGUCCAUGUACACGUCGUAAGCCCCCCAAAAACCGCCCAUCCAAUCCAUCAUCGGUAUCUGACCCUCUGCGCCGCUCCCCUCUUCUCCAUCUUCUUCUGUCUCUUGCUCUCCACACCCUCCCCACCAUCCACGUCUCCCAGCCCCGCCAUACCCGCCAUACCCGCCAUACCCGCCAUACUCCCCUUAAACCCCAUAAACGUCGAAUACACCAACCAAGCUGAAUACAAAGGCACAACGACCCACAGCCACCACGCGCGGUCCCCAAAGAUACACACAGCCCCCAUACACCCCCACGUCCAAUAAAUCACAUCCCAAAAGUACUCCGUUAGGCCCGGUGCGUCUAGGUCUUCGCCGGCAG